AUGGCUCAGCGAGGCCUCCAGCUGGACAGACAGAAGUUCUGCUGUCUCCUGUGUCUGGACCUGCUGACGGACCCGGUGACGACGUCCUGCGGACACAGCUACUGCAGCCGCUGCAUCCAGAGACACUGGGACAGUCAGGACGUCCACAGCUGUCCCCGCUGCAGGCAGACCUUCACGCCGCGGCCCGUCCUGGGGACAAACAGCCUGCUGGCAGAUCUGGUGGAGGAGCUGAAGAGGACAGGCCUUGGAGCCCCCGGUCCUGGUCCUCCUCCUCCUGGUCCUCCUCCUCCACCUCCUCGCUGCUACGCGGGACCUGGAGACGUGUCCUGUGACGUCUGCGUGGGGACGAAGCUGAAGGCGGAGCGGUCCUGUCUGCAGUGUCUGGCCUCGUACUGUGAGCAACACCUCCAGCCUCAUUAUGAUGUGGCUCCAUUAAAGAAACACAAGCUGGUGGAGCCCUCCGAGAAGCUUCAGGAGAACAUCUGCCCCCGGCACCACGAGGUGAUGAAGAUGUUCUGCCGGACCGAUCGGCAGUCUAUCUGUUAUCUCUGCUCUGUGGACCAACAUAAAGGCCACGACACGGUCUCAGCUGCAGCAGAACGGAGCGAGAGGCAGAAAGAGCUGGAGGUGAGUCGACUCAACAUCCAGCAGAGAAUCCAGGACAGAGAGAAAGAUGUGAAGCUGCUUCAACAGGAGCUGGAGGCCAUCAAUCUCUCUGCUGAUAAAGCAGUGGAGGACAGUGAGAAGAUGUUCACUGAGCUGAUCCGUCUCAUGCAGAAAAGAAGCUCUGAGGUGAAGCGGCAGGUCAGAUCCCAGCAGGAAACUGAAGUGAGUGGAGUCAAAGAGGUGGAGGAGAAGCUGCAGCAGGAGAUCAGAGAGCUGAAGAGGAAAGACGCUGAACUGAAGAAGCUCUCAAACACAGAGUUUCUCCACAGCUACUCCUCACUGUCAGCCCUCAGCCCGUCUCCUCCCAGGAUCCCGACCCGCCGCCGUGACCACGACCACAUGACCGCCGCCGUGUCACGACUCAGAGACAAACUGCAGGACGUCCUGAGAGACAAAUGGACAGACGUCUCGCUGCCUAAAGUGGACCUGUCCCCGCCGCCGCCGGCAGCAGCAGCGGCAGAGCCAGAGACCAGAGCCGAGUUCCUUUUGCGGUUCUUCCAUCAGAUCCAUCUGGACCCGAACACCCUGAGGAAGCAGCUGGUUCUGUCUAAAAACAACAGGAAGCUGACGUGUGACGCCUUCAGGUCCUACGCCGCCCACCCGGACCGCUUCGCCUCCUUCCCUCAGGUCCUCAGCCAGGACGCUCUGCCGGGACGCUGCUACUGGGAGGUGGAGUGGAGCGGCCUGAACGUCUCCGUGGCCGUCUCCUACAGGUCCAUCGCCAGAACGGGACCCGAGAGCCACUUCGGGGACAACGACAAGUCCUGGUCCUUGCGUUGUCAUAGAGACGGGUACGAGUUCAGACACCGGGCAAUCAGCACCGUCCUCGUAGGACCCAAGUCCUCCCUGGUGGGAGUCUUCCUGGACCACCACACGGGACGUCUGUCCUUCUACAACAUCGGCAAGACCACGACCCUCCUCCACAGAGUCCAGACCGCCUUCAGCCAGCCGCUCCACGCCGGGCUGGAGGUCUACCUAGGAUCCGCUAAGAUCCUGAAGCACAAGAGCCUGGAGCACAAGAGCCUACCAAAGACCAUCAGAGACCAUCAGAGACCACCAGAGACAAUUAGAGACCACCAGAGACCAUCAGAGACCAUCGGAGACCACCAGAGACCAUCGGAGACCAUUGGAGACCACCUGAGACCAUCGGAGACCAUUAGAGACCACCAGAGACCACCUGAGACCAUCAGAGACCACCUGAGACGACCGGAGACCACUGGAGACCAUCAGAGACCAUCAGAGACCACCAGAGACCUUCAGAGACCUUCAGAGACCAUCAGAGACCACCAGAGACCACCGGAGACCAUCGGAGACCACCAGAGACCACCAGAGACCUUCAGAGACCAUCAGAAACCCUCAGAGACUAGGGGGGUCCAGAGAUGA